AUGGACAAGUCAACCCCAGAGAAACCCCAGAAGAAGUCCUUAUUCAGUCGUUUCAGAGAUAGCAAGAAGAGCGUCCCGCUCAGCGACGAAGACAUUCAAAAGUACACGGGCAAGACUCGCGAAGAGCUCAAUGCGUGGGCGGAUACUCAACCGGGCGUUGGGAGGAACCAGCUCGCGGGGCGUGCUACAAUCGGGCCAGCUGCUGGACUCUCGGGGGCCGCUAUGGGUGAAGGACUUGGAGGUUGGGGCUGGAGUGCGGAGCCGAAUGAUGUUAAUAGAGGGAUGAAGUUUCCUCCAACUAAGAAGGAUGAGACGCAGGAGAUCUCGGAGAAGAAAUGA